GUUUGGGCAGAGCAUAUGCUCUGGCUUUUGCUGAAAGAGGAGCUUCAGUUGUUGUGAAUGAUCUUGGAGGUGAUUUCAAGGGAUAUGGUAAGAGCUCCUCAGCUGCGGACAAAGUUGUCAACGAAAUCAGAGCGAAAGGAGGGAAGGCAGUGCCCAAUUACGAUUCAGUAGAAGAUGGUGAAAAACUUGUGAAGACAGCACUUGAGGCUUUUGGGAGGAUAGAUAUCGUUAUAAACAAUGCUGGGAUCCUGAGAGACCGUUCAUUCGUUCGGAUAAGUGAUGAAGAUUGGGAUAUAAUUCACAGAAUUCAUUUAAGGGGAUCAUUCCUGGUCACCCGAGCUGCAUGGAAUCAUAUGAAAAAUCAGAAAUUUGGCAGAAUAAUUAUGACUUCCUCAGCUGCUGGGAUAUAUGGAAACUUUGGUCAGGCAAACUACAGUGCUGCAAAACUUGGUGUUUUGGGUCUUUCAAACACAAUUGCAAUUGAAGGCCGGAAGUAUAAUAUCCACUGCAACACAAUUGCUCCUACUGCUGGAUCCAGACUGACCCAGACUGUCAUGCCACAAGAUCUGAUUGAUGCUUUCAAACCAGAGUACGUGGCUCCGUUAGUUGUCUGGCUUUGCCACGAGAGCUGUAUGGAGAAUGGCAGUCUGUUUGAGGUGGGAGCUGGUUGGAUUGGAAAAUUGCGCUGGGAGAGAUCCUUGGGUGCUAUCGCUAGAGGCAGAACCCAGCCGAUGACAGCGGAGGCGGUGCGAGACAAAUGGGAGAAGGUCUGUGACUUUGACAACGCCAGCAAACCCAGAACUAUCCAAGAGUCUGUAACUGUAUUGAACGAUGCUCUAAGUCAGAUAGAGUCUCAAGGGGAUGUUUCUAUGAAUUCAACAAGCUCUGGAUCAGUGGUCUCUUCAUCUGUUGACACG